UAAUGGGCUUAACUCGUGAUCUACCGCUAACAUUCGUUAGAUGUAUGAUGAUCAUCGGGCCAGCAGUGUGAACAUGUAAUGAAUAAUUACUCUUCGUUCGUUGACGGCGAGCAAUCAAAAUGAAUUAAAGACAACUUGGAAUGCAUCUGACUAUAAUUGAAAUUCGUUAAACCAUUCAAUGAAGUGCAAUGCCAAGGGCAAACGUAAAGUGCUGUGAUGGUCAAGGUUACAGCCAAGAAAACCUGAUGUUUUUUUUUAUUUGAAACAAUUUAUUCAAAAGAAUAACAAAUAACAAUAUUUGCGUUCUCUGACAAGAUUUUAACUUAUACUGCAACUAUGUACUUCCCCAAAGGAUUCUGCGAACUUACAAAAUGUUUUUGCUCUAGCCCAAUUCAUGUCGAAAAUAUGUGGCAAUUGGGAGGUGAAGCAGCUUAUCAGACAAAUACAUGUUUGAGUGCUAAUAAAGUGCAAAGUCUGCAAGCUGGUACACAGUCAACUAUGAUAAAGAUGUGAAGUGAAGUGCUGUAACAAAAGCCAAGGAAAACCAGGAAGUAUUGCACCAACUUGCCCCAGUUUGAAUUUAUCACUAUAAGUACGCACAAUGAAUGCCAGUGAAAUUUAUUCCAUGAUGGACCCCUCGGAAAAUAUAUCCCAGGUCUUAGACCAAAACGGAAACAACUCAAAUAGCCUGCGAACACUCCCCACAGUGGCAGAGUAUUAUGAGAACAUGACUGCCUUCCUCAGCCUGGCCAUCUUCAUAGCCACCCUGCUGACCAUCCUCAACAUCAGCAUCUUCGCAACGACUGCCUCCCGGUUGCGUCGUCACCUGGACAAGCCGCUGCUGAGACCCUCGAUUAUGAUGGUGGGCCUGUAUCCGAUUAUCUCAGUGGCUGCCCUGGUUACCAUUCUGGUGCCCUACUCCUGGUUCAUUUGCCACACGGUGAUGCACGUUAUGUUCAUGGUCGGCGGACCCGUGUUCCGCACACUGCUCUUCCGUUACGUGAGCUCGGAGCAGAAUUACGUGAAGGAGACGGCCGCCGAGGCGGUGCAACUAAAUACUCCACCGUGCUGCUGCUGCUGCCUUUGCCUGCCGAUGGUGAUUCCUACCAAGGCGAAGCUCUGCAUCUCCAGAUACAUGGUAUGGCAAAUGCCCUUUUGGCAGGGCUCCAUCAUGCUGGUGAUGAACAUUCUGUACUACAGGGACAUUCAGCUUUACCGACAGGUCAUGUUUUUCUUCAUCCCCUUCAUCAUCAGCUCCAUUGUCUUGGGCGUUUGGUCCCUCCAAAUCACUGUGCGGAUGAUUUCAAAGGUGCGUGGGGAUUAUCAGCUUAGAAAGAAGAUGUUCUGCCUCCAACUAGUGGUGAUGCUAUGCAAACUGCAGUAUCUGGUCCUUUACGACCAGCUGGACGGCAUCAAAAUGGGCGGGGAGUAUCCCAUCAAUCACACCGUGUACAAGCAAACUAUCAUCAACAUCCUUAUUCUGGUUGAAAUGGUCCUGGUGUCCAUGAUGGUUCAAAGUGCAUAUCGUACUCCCGUUCAGGUUCAAAUCGAUGAGGUCAAUAAGGAGAAGGAAGUUACUCGUAUUUGAGUGCGCCUAUGAAUGUCUAGGAUUAUAAAAAUAGAAAAAUUGUGAUAAAUUUAAUAAAAACAUGUUAGUUAAAUUUAUAUAUUUUUUUAAACUUUCAACUACAGUGUUGUCAGAGUAAUUUCGGAAAUGCAAAAUGAAGUGUUGUCUGUAAAUCAAAAUUAAAGGCCAAAACAUUGCGACUAAA